CUCCAUGGCUGCGCCAUCUGAUCCUAAAAUCACCUCAAACUCAUUUUCGCAUGAUCAAUUCUUCCAAGAAAAUUGUUGGCCCGAAGAGCUAAGAGAAUCCAUGAUUUCAUCACUACCCAGAGAGGAAGGUUGGAUCUCUCCUCAUAUAUAUAACUACAGAGGGUUUUGGCUUGCUCCUCAUCACUUGCAUGGUGUUCUCAGAUCCCACCAACACUUCCAGGCUCAACAUUCUGAUGUUAUACUAUGUACCCCUCCUAAAUGCGGCACCACAUGGUUGAAAGCUCUCAUAUUUGCCUUGAUCACUCGAAAACACUACUUCCCAACACAAUUAGAAACCUUAACCCACCCUUUACUCACCACAAAUCCUCAGGACUUGAUUCCCAACAUGGAAUUUUCUUAUGCAGGAGAAAACAGCCACCCUGAUUUCCCUUCUCUGAAUAAUGGGCAAAUGAGGCUAAUGUCUACGCAUUUACCACUAGCUUUGUUGCCAAAAUCGGUAGGGGAAUCGAAAUGCAAGCUCAUUUAUAUGUGCAGAAACCAAAAGGACACGGUGGUGUCGUUUUGGCACUUCAUGAAUGAGUUGAGGGGCGAGCUUCGAGGCCUGGGAGCAAUGCCGUUUCCAGAGGCAUUUGACAAAUACUGCAGGGGAGCGAGUCACUAUGGGCCUUUCUGGGAUCAUUUGUUGGGAUACUGGAAGGAGAGCUCGGAGAAUCCUGGGAAGGUGUUGUUCUUGAAGUACGAGGAGAUGAAGAACAAUGCGGAUGUUCAGUUGAGGCGAAUGGCGGCGUUCUUGGGGUGUCCAUUUUCUGAGGAGGAAGAAGAGUGUGGUGUAGUAGGUGGAAUCUUGAGACUUUGCAGCUUUGAAAGCUUGAGCAGCUUGGAAGUUAACAAGACUGGUAAAGGCUUAUUGUUGGGUAAUUCCAAUAAUGUGUUAUUCAGGAAAGGUAAUGUUGGAGAUUGGAGGAACCAUCUAACAGAUGAAAUGGCUAUCAGACUUGAUCAAAUUGUUGAAGAAAAGUUCAAAGGGACAGGGCUCAAGUUGUGAUAGAUGUCAUCACAUCACAAUUAAGUCUGAUCUAUCUCUCAUCUUCAAAUAUUAUUGUGCUUGUUAUAAAUGUUAUUACGUGGAUAUUAUGAUAAGAUUAACUAGUAUUUUCGCUCGUGCGUUGCACGGAUUGGAUUUGUUGGAAUAUUUUAAGAAUAUUUGGAUCGAUAUACAAUUAUAUAAAUUAUAACAUCGAAUAUUAUAUAGCGCAA